AUGGGGGGCUCGCACAGCCGGGAGGACCACGACCUCUCCGACUCCGACGACGACGACACCUCCUCCCGCGCCUCCGACGCCUCCUCCGACUUCUCCACCCCUCCCCCCGCCUCCGCCUCCGCCUCCAGAGCCGCCAGAGCGGCGACCCCGGCCUCCGUCGUCGACGACAUCGACCACCACCUCCGCAACCUCCAACUCAAGUACUCCGAGCCCAUCUCCCCGAACCCUAGCCCCGCCCCCAACCCCGGCGCCUCCGCCUCCGCUUCCGCCGUCAAUGCGGUCAAGCUGUACCUCCACAUAGGCGGCUCCACGGCCGCCGCCCGCUGGGUGAACUCCGAGCGCCUCGCCGCCGUGUCCUUCGUCCGCUCAGGCGAGGGCGCCUCCGACCCCGACGAGGACGACGAGCCCACCGGGCCGUGGUUCCUCGUCGUGGGCUCCAAGAUCCGGGCCAAGGUCGGGCCCGAGCUGCAGCUCAAGACCUUCCCCUUGCAGCGGCGCGUCGACUUCGUGGCCGACGGCGUCUGGGCGCUCAAGUUCCUGCACGCCGACGGCUACGGCCACUUCAACGCCAAGUACCAGAGCUGCCUGUUCGAGAACAGCUACGGCGUCGAGGCCACCGACGAGGGCCGCGCCAAGGUGUUUGGGAAGGAGUUUGCUGCGUGGGCGCGCCCAGAGUGUGGCGAUGAGUCCAUCUGGGAGGACGCCAGUGAUGCUUUCUCGCCAGCCCCCAAGGGCAGCCCGAUGCCUGCACGGAGCCCGAUGUUGAGACCUCUGAUGGAGGAUUUCAGGGAAUUUGAGGAGCCUGUGGAGGAGGGUGAUGGUAACAUACAGAGCCUUGCGCUGGGCGCUCUUGACAACAGCUUCCUUGUUGGUGAUUCAGGCAUUCACGUGGUCAAGAACUUUGAGCACGGCAUACACGGGAAGGGUGUCUCUGUGAAGAUCUCUGGAGGGGGAACAAACUUCACCACACCAAAGAAAGCACUUCUGAUGCGUGCUGAGACUAACAUGCUCCUGAUGAGCCCAGCAACUGAUGGGAAGCCACAUGCCAAGGGGGUGCAUCAGCUUGACAUUGAGACAGGGAAGGUGGUCUCACAAUGGAAGUUCGGGAAGGAUGGAGCUGACAUUAACAUGAGGGAUAUCACUAAUGAUAGCAAGGGCGCACAGAUGGAUGCGUCUGAAUCCACAUUCCUGGGACUAGAUGACAACCGGUUGUGCCGGUGGGAUAUGAGGGAUAGACAUGGAAUAGUGCAGAACUUGGCUAGUUCAAUGGAGUCCCCAGUGUUGGAAUGGACCCAGGGGCAUCAGUUCUCCAGGGGAACAAACUUCCAGUGCUUUGCAUCAACUGGUGAUGGGUCCAUCGUGGUAGGCUCGUUGGAUGGGAAAAUUCGGUUGUACUCAAAGAGCUCUAUGAGGAUGGCGAAGACGGCCUUCCCAGGGCUGGGUUCACCAAUUACUCACGUGGAUGUGACGUACGAUGGGAAGUGGAUACUGGGAACCACUGAUACCUAUCUGGUACUCAUAUGCACCAUUUUCAUUGACAAGGAUGGGAAGGAGAAGACAGGAUUUGGUGGAAGAAUGGGGAACCGAAUUGCUGCACCAAGACUGCUCAAGCUCAGCCCACUCCACUCUCAUCUUGCAGGGGACAACAGCAAGUUUCGUGAGGGCAGGUUUUCAUGGGUCACGGAUAACGGCAAGCAGGAGAGGCAUCUCGUGACGACCGUGGGGAGGUACAGCGUGGUGUGGAACUUCCUCCAGGUGAAGAACAGCCACCAUGAGUGCUACAAGAACCAGGAGGGGCUCAAGAGUUGCUACUGCUACAAAGUGAUCCCCAAGGACGAGUCCAUCGUGGCCAGUCGCUUCAUGCACGAGAAGUACGACGUGAGCGACUGCCCCGAGGCACCUCUGGUCGUCGCGACCCCCAUGAAGGUCACCUCCUUCAGCGUGUCUAGCCAGCGCUAG